AUGAAUGUCCCUAGAUAUGCUCUAGAUAUAUGCAAGAGAUUUAUUACUGGUCAAUGGGAAAAUAUCACCAGCGAUGAGAUAGUUGUAAAACAACUCAGCGGCGGUUUUACUAAUCAAAUAUAUCACUGUUCACUGCCUGAGGGUCGGGAACCGGUGGCCAAUGAGCCGAGACAUGUGUUGUUGAGACUGUACGGCAUCGGGACUACAAUCCCGGGCGACAACUAUAAGGUUACCGAUACUCUCAUAACAUUACUAAUGUCUGAACGGGGUUUGGGUCCCAAACUCUAUGGUGUAUUUCCCGGCGGCCGA